AUGACCACAAAUAUUGCCGAGUCGGUGAAUGCUAUGUUGAUUGAUGAAAGGGAGUACCCCGUGGCAUCCAUAUUCAAUUCAAUUGCCAAGAGGUUUGGUGAAAUAUUUAGGGAGAGGCGUGCCUACAUCCUCAAAUGUAAGGAUAACAAAUUUGUUCCCACCGCCGAAAAGAUCUUAAGAGACAAUAUGAGCGAGGGCGACUCCUUCUAUGUGGAGAACGUAAGCGGGGAUGAAAGGCAAUACACUGUGUUUGGAAGUAGCUCUACGGCCAAAUUCGACCUACUGGAAAGGUCUUGUUCAUGCAGGAAGUUUGACCUGGUCAAAAUACCAUGCGAUCACGCGAUGGACGCUUUACGAUCAAAGCACGGUGAUGAUUAUGGUUUGAGUGUCUAUGAUUACUCUUCGCCCCUGUAUAAAGUGGAAAAGUACCUCCUUGCCUAUUCGGAAUCAAUUAAUAUUGUCCCUUUGGAGUCCAAAUGGCACGUGCCACAAGAAUAG